GACAACUCUGUAUGUUAUGGAGGAAAGUGACUGAAAUGUCUGAAGAUGUAGCGAAAACAGUCACCGAAUGUAAUGUCGAGAACCAAGACAAAAGAAAACGAAGAAAGAAGAAAUACCGGAAAACAAAAGAAGAAUCUCUUCUGUCAUCCCAUGACUUCCUCCCAAUUCGACUGCUGACCUUGUUUGGAAUGACUGUCUGUUUGACAUUGUUUAUAUUCCAAGUGAGCACCUCCCUCCGCUCAUAUGAUAUUUUACACGAUAUGGCUGACCUGGAAGACCGUUUCCCUGACCACAUGUUUGGUCUCCAUGGUGAACCGAAUCUGUGGUCGUGGGACCCUGCUACAGAACUGUUAAAAGUCAACACAUCACUGUUCAUACACUGAGGGUGGUCUCGUAGACCACCAAACCAAUCUGGAUUGGUAACUAUAGUAACAGUAGUCUUAAAGUAUCCGAACACUGAUCAUAUAUAGGGAUAUAGGCUCCUGGCACACGUCUACAAAGAUUGAAUCAGUAGGCAUAAAAUCAUUCUCCGCACCGACAGAUUUCACACUGAAGAUCUGGAAUCCUAACUGGUGCUAGAUUUUUGAAGUCAAUGCUAUUUUGUUCGUACACUGAAGAUGAUGCUGAGAUCCAGAACUGCUUAAUGUACUGGUUUAAUAUUAUUUUUGUUUUAAUGUACAUGUGAUAUGAUCUUUGACCUGAAUAUAAAAUAUUGAAGAGCUCUCUACUUUACUUUAAAUAACUUUUAGUUCCAGUAAUUACACAAAUGAUAUUGUUUGGAUUUUGGAUACUGACUGACGCAGCAUGUCUACACUACGGCAUUCCAUAUACAGUAAACCUCCGAUUAAUUCGAACACGCGGAUAGUUCGAACACCCAUUUUUUUCUAGAAAAACAAUAAUUGUUUAGCUAGUAAUAGUUCGAAC